AUGGGCUCCAAAUCUCCAGAAGAACAUCAGGAAGGCCACAAUGGGUCGUCCGGAGACGCCGCAAUUGCUGUGGUUAACCCGCCUAAAUCAGCCGUCGCGAGCGGCUUGCUUCAAGGCAUGCUCGAAGGGCAGGGAGAAGACGAUGAAGACGACGACGAUGAGAAGAAUAGAGCUGACGUGAAGACAACGGAUGGCGCCAAGAAAAAGAGGAAGCGCAACAACAAGAAAAAGAACAAGAAGGGGCCAGCUACACAACAGUCAUUCCCGCCUAGGGUCCCUCUAUCAGAUCUAUUCGAUGGCCGUCCUUACCCGGAAGGUCAGAUUGUCGACUAUGCCCCGAAGGAUGACAACUUCCAACGUACCACGGCCGAAGAGCUUCGGCAUGAAGCUGCCAUGAGUAACAUGGACGGAGACUUUCUCAAGGACUACCGCAAGGCUGCUGAGAUACACCGUCAAGUCAGGCACUAUGCACAAAAGCUGGCCAAGCCAGGUGUGUCCAUGACUUACCUUGCCGAAGAGAUUGACGAAAGUGUCCGUGCCCUGACUGGUCACCAUGGUCUUGAGCCUGGCGAUAGUCUCAAAGCUGGGCUGGCAUUUCCGACGGGACUUUGCCUGAACCAUAUAGGAGCCCACUGGACGCCAAAUUCAGGCGCCAAAGAAGUCUUCCUUCAGCAUGAUGAUGUCUUGAAGGUUGACUUCGGAGUCCAUGUCAAUGGCAGAAUUGUCGAUAGUGCAUUCACUGUAGCUGCUAACCCAGUCUACAACAACCUGCUAGCAGGUGUAAAAGCGGCCACCAACACCGGGCUGAAGGAAGCAGGCAUCGAUGCCCGAAUCGACCACAUAAGUGAAUCCAUCCAAGAAGUAAUGGAAAGUUACGAAGUCGACAUCAACGGCAAAACAAUCCCCAUCAAAGCUGUCCGCAACAUCACCGGCCACAACAUCCUCCGCUACCGUAUCCACGGCGACAAGCAAGUCCCCUUCAUCAAGACCAAAACCAACCAACGCAUGGAAGAAGGCGACAUCUUCGCCAUCGAAACGUUUGGUAGCACAGGGAAAGCCUAUCUACGAGAUGACGUCGGCGUCUACGGCUACGGACGCAGUCAGCACGCCAACACGGCUGGCUUGCACCAUGCAUCAGCGAAAUCGCUUCUCAAGACCAUUGACGAAAACUUUGGCACACUGGUUUUUGCCCGCCGUCAGCUCGAACGUAUCCCCGGGGUUAAGAGUUACCAUCUUGGCAUGCGAUCGCUUGUUAAUAGUGGUAUUGUGGAGGCGUAUGCCCCACUUGUUGAUAUUCCCGGAUCGUAUAUUGCGCAGUUUGAACAUACGGUUCUACUGCGUCCUACGUGCAAGGAAGUCGUUUCUCGUGGAGACGAUUACUAA